GACUAAAGACAGCCAGCCGAGACUUAACAAGAUCAUUAUCUAAUUGACUAUCAGCUAUCGAGAACUAGGCGCGCAUUAUUUUAUCACAAUGCAGUUCAUAAGUUAAAAAAGUCUUUUGGGAUAUUUAGAGACAUAAUCAAUAAAUCGACAUAAAAAAUAUCUAUUAUUUGUGUAAAUAUUUACAUUAUAUGUUAUCAUUAUUAUUAUCACCAACCGUCAAGUGGCAUAAGCGCUGAAAAAAAAGAUACCGAGUCGUUAAGAAAAGUCAUUUUUGGAAAACAUGAUGGAUUUUUCCUCCCUGGUUUCAACAAGCCUACUAUCAUUGGUUUUAUUAUUUAUUGUGAUACAUUUCUAUGUCCACUCAACCAAACGAGGACGUUACUGUGAUAAAAUUCCUGGACCUAAAUCGUAUCCAAUUAUUGGAAACGGUCUAAACACUGCUGUAUCUCCUGAAGAGUUUUGGGAUUUACUACGUCGCGCAUCAAGAGAUUUUUAUCCUGUAUGGAAACUUUGGCUAGGAAUAUGGCCUGCUGUAAAUAUUUAUCACCCUGAUGAUGUCGAAAUUCUUCUAAGUAGCACUAAAAAUAUACAAAAGAGUAUACUCUACGAUGUAAUUCGUCCGUGGCUGCAAGAUGGACUUCUACUAAGUACAGGAGAAAAAUGGCGAAGUCGAAGAAAAAUAUUGACUCCAGCAUUCCAUUUCAACAUUCUCAAAGAGCAUCUAAAUUUCAUGAUCGAACAUACAGAACGUGUGGUCAAUGAAAUUAAAUCUGAAGCUAACGAUGGAGUUAUUAAAGAAGUUUUGCCUUUACUUACCACUUUUACUCUUAAAACAAUUUGCGAAUCGACUAUGGGAGUGACACUGAAAGGAAGUGAUGAGAAUGAAGAUAAUUAUCUUGAAUCAGUUCACAGAAUCGGCGAAAUUUUUCUUUAUCGAGGUACGAGGCCAUGGAUUUGGAUCGAUUGGAUUUUUGGUCUAACUUCCAAAGGUCGAGAGCAGACUAGGGUCUUAAAAAAACUUCACGGCUUUUCAGAUAAGAUAAUAAACGAACGUAUAAGUUAUCAUGAAAAAAACGAAGGAAAAUAUUUGAAUGAUUCUUCGUCGGCUGAAUCAAACUCAAACUCACAAUCUGAUGACGGACUAAAACGCAGGAGACUCGCAUUCCUAGAUAUUUUAAUCGAAGCUUCAAAGCGUCAAUUAGGAGUCGACCGAAAAAGUAUUAAUGAAGAAGUUGAUACGUUUGUUUUCGAAGGCCACGAUACUACCGCUACAGCUUUGUUGUUUGCUGUCUUACUUUUAGCUGAACACAAAGACAUUCAAGAUAAAGCAAGAUCUGAGAUUGAAGAAGUGUUGAAAGAAAGCAAUGGAAAAAUGAGUAUGGACGCGAUCCAACGUUUAACAUAUUUGGAAUGUUGCAUUAAAGAAUCAUUGAGACUUUAUCCAAGUGUACCAGUUAUUUCAAGACGAAUUGAAGAAGACUUACAACUAAAACAUUGCUUUGUACCAAAAGGAACAAUAGUGAAUACCUUCAUCUUCGACACUCACCGCGAUCCGAAUUUCUGGCCGCGUCCGAAUAUUUUUGAUCCGAAUAGAUUUUUUCUGGGACGGCCGGAAGACAGACAUCCUUAUUCUUACAUUCCAUUUAGCGCAGGACCGCGCAACUGCAUAGGUCAAAAGUUUGCAAUGCUCGAAAUGAAGACAUUUUUGGCUGGACUGCUCUACAACUUUCACUUGGAACCUCAAGAAGCUACCGAAGCUGUUCGAGUUUAUUCUGAUCUUGUAAUCAGACCUACCUCUCCAGUUUAUGCCAAAUUCGUACCAAUAAUAAGACUAUAAUUAUAUCCAAUCAACUAAUAUAAAAAAUGUCCACCCUUAGUCACCCGAGUAUAUUUUUCGAUUGAGUAUCGUCUGGAAACAAGGUCGGGGCUACGCAGCGCGUGAAUUUCUACUCCAAGAGGCUGAGGAAAUGGCCUCCUGUCAAACGGAGGUAUACUUCGGUUCCGUUACAUUAAUUUUUA